GUCACGAGUGAAGUAAGCCCCUCAUUCACCUCUCUUUCUCUCUCUCUCUCUCUCUCUCUCUCUCUCUAAAAAUGGUUGACCGGAAGCCUCAGAACAAUGACUUUUCCGGCCCGCUUCAGACACCUAUUCCAGCUUUUGAUCCACCGCAGAAACCAAAGCGAAACAAGUAUGCUUUGGCUUGUGCUAUUUUAGCUUCCAUGACUUCCAUCUUACUUGGUUAUGAUAUUGGAGUAAUGAGCGGAGCAGGACUGUUCAUCAAGGAUGACCUCAAGAUCUCGGACGUCCAGCUGGAAAUCCUGAUGGGCAUUCUCAGCGUCUACUCCCUCUUGGGUGCCGCCGCCGCUGGAAGAACCUCCGAUUGGGUGGGGCGGCGGUACACCAUCGUCAUCGCCGCCGCGAUAUUCUUCGUCGGAGCCAUCCUGAUGGGCUUCGCCACCAACUACGCCUUUCUCAUGGUGGGCCGCUUCGUUGCCGGCAUCGGCGUCGGCUACGCCCUCAUGAUCGCCCCCGUCUACACCGCCGAGAUCUCCCCCGCCGCCUCCCGCGGCUUCCUCACCUCCUUCCCCGAAGUCUUCAUCAACGCAGGUAUAUUGUUGGGAUAUGUAUCCAACGUUGCGUUCUCCAAGCUUCCACUUAACUUGGGAUGGCGAUUCAUGCUCGGAAUCGGAGCGAUUCCCUCGGUGUUCUUGGCGGUGGGAGUGCUCGCCAUGCCGGAAUCGCCACGGUGGCUCGUUUUACAGGGUCGGCUGCGCGACGCCAAGCGAGUUCUGGAAAAAAUCUCAGAGUCCAAAGAGGAGGCUCAGCUGAGGCUCAACGACAUCAAGGAAGCCGCGGGCAUUCCGGAGGAGUGCAACGACGACGUCGUUCAGGUGCUUCGCAGUCGUAGCGGCGAAAACGUCUGGAAGGAGCUCCUGGUCCACCCGACUCCAGCAGUCCGGCACAUCCUGAUCGCCGGCGUCGGAAUUCACUUCUUCCAACAAACGACCGGUGUGGAAGCCGUGGUUCUGUACAGCCCCAAAAUAUUCGAAAAAGCGGGUAUAACUAGCAAAUCCCACAAGCUACUCGCCACAGUAGCCGUUGGAUUUUUCAAGACUAUGUUCAUUCUGGUAGCGAUGUUUUUACUUGAUCGGGUGGGGCGAAGACGGUUACUUUUGACCAGCAUGGGGGGUAUGAUCGUGUCCCUCGCGUGUCUAGGGAUGAGUUUGACGAUGAUAGAUCACUCGGAGAAGGAACUGAUCUGGGCUGUUGUUUUGUCGGUCUCAUCAAUUUUAGCGUUUGUUGCCAUGUUCUCGAUCGGGAUGGGGCCCAUGCCCAGUGUUUACAACUCAGAGAUCUUUCCACUGAGGCUGCGGGCUCAGGGAGUUAGCUUUGGAGUGGCUAUCAAUCGUCUUAUAAGUGGAGUUAUGUCCAUGACUUUUAUUUCUCUUUAUAACGCCAUCACCAUAGGCGGGGCUUUCUUUCUCUUUAUGGGGGUGGCCAUGCUCGGAUGGCUGUUUUUUUAUACACUCAUCCCAGAAACACAAGGUAAAACUCUUGAAGAAAUGCAGAUGUUGUUUGGUACAUUCUUUAAGUGGAGAUCGACAAUGAGAGAAUUGAAAAAGAAUAAGGAAAGAGUUAGGAGUGCCGAUGAUAGGUGACGGUAAAGAGGGUAGCUACAUGUGGUGUCUUUUUCUUCUCUUAUUGGUUGAGAGCCCCGGGGGUUAUACUUAUGAGAAAUGUUAGGCAUUAUGAAAUUUUUUUCAUGAAAAUGAUCAUGAAAGAUUUAUGACCUUUAGAUUACCUUAAUUAGUGUGUGAUGCAUUAUUCUAUGUGUAAUUCAAAGGUCACAAAUCUUUCAUGAUCAUUUUUAUGAAAGAUUUUUCAUGAUACCUAACAUUGCUCUAUAUUUAUAUGUUGAGAAAAGUUAGGGAUCAUAAAAAAAAUUUCAUAAAAAUGAUCAUAAAAGAUUUAUGAUCCUUAAAUUAGCUUGAUUAGUGUGUAGUGCUUUAUUCUAAGUGUAAUUCAAGGGUCACAAAGCUUUCAUGAUUAUUUUCAUGAAAGGUUUUUCUUGAUACCUAACAUUGCUGUUAUAUGUUGGGUGAUUGAGGAAUAACAUGAGAAGCCUAAUUAUUUGUAAUUGAUUGAAAGUACCAUGCCACAUGAUAUCCUCCAAGCAUCUAAAAAUUUUUCGACGGUAAGGGUUAAUAGUAACUAUCAAAUUCAAUUCGGCUUAAGUAAUGACCAAAUGUUAGGAUUAGAUUGAAUAUAGUUUUGUCAA